AUGCCUUCCACCACAGAGGUUGCUCAGCGAUUCGACUCGAUCGAGGAUACAAUUGCCGCCUUUAAGAAUGGCGAAUUCAUCAUUGUGCUCGACUCGCAAGACCGUGAGAAUGAAGGAGAUCUUAUAAUUGCGGCCGAGUCAAUUACCACUGCACAGAUGGCAUUCCUCGUGCGCUACACAAGUGGAUUAAUAUGCGCUCCCAUACUUCCGGACCUGGCAGCCCGCCUCGCGCUCCCACAAAUGGUUGCCGAAAACGCCGACCCGAAAGGUACCGCGUACACCGUCACCAUUGACGCCAGUGACGCCUCCGUGACAACCGGCAUAUCCGCUGAAGAUCGCGCGCUGACCUGCCGCACGCUCGCCUCCCCCAAUGCCCAGAUCGACUCCUUCCGCCGCCCCGGCCAUAUCAUCCCGCUCCAGGCGCGCCCCGGCGGCGUGCGCGAGCGCAAAGGCCACACCGAGGCUGCGGUCGAGUUCUGCCGGCUGGCGGGCAAGGCGCCGGCGGGCGUGAUUGCGGAGCUGGUGGAGGGUGGAGAGGUUGUUGAGGGUCUGGCCGAGAUCCGAGGGAAUAAUGGGAUGAUGCGGCGGGAUGGAUGUUUGUCGUUUGGCAAGAAGUGGGGUAUUAAGGUGUGCACCAUUGAGGAUUUGCUGGAGUAUUUGGAGCGCACAGAGGGGGGGGAAGAAUGGGCAUUGAUUGGCUGA